AUGAUGCUGCGUCGCUGUGCAAGUCUGCGUCAUUUUAGUGCUAUUUCUACUGACCGUCCAUUAGUACUUGUCGGUACAACUCCUCGCUCAGAUGUUGAUCUCAUCCCAGAAGCCGUUGUGCGGGCUCUCGACAAAUAUAUAGUAGGUCAGCAGGAUGCCAAGAAGGCGGUAGCUGUGGCGCUGCGUACUCGAUGGCGCCGUCGACAGCUGAAAAACGAUGCAUUACGAAGCGAGAUCUUUCCCAUGAAUAUCCUCAUGAGUGGUCCAACAGGUUCUGGUAAGACGGAGAUCGCGCGGCGUCUGGCCAAGAUCUCUGGCUCGCCGUUCCUCAAGGUGGAGGCCACCAAAUUUACUGAAGUAGGUAUCUACGGCGCCAACGCGGACUCCAUGAUCAAAGAUCUCGUGGAUGUCGCUGUCAACAUGGAGAGAGCUGAUGCACAGAAGACCCACGCUGCAGCAGCUCGUGAACGCGCUAUUGAUCGGCUUGUAGGUCUGCUGGACCACAAGAAACUCAGUGACAUUUCGCGGGCGGAACUCCAUGAGGAAAUUUCUACAGGCAAAGCAGAUAACCGCAAAGUGCGCAUGCUACUCAAACCACUUCCAAGUAAGAUGCGCCCGACAUCGGCGAACGCGGAGAUGAUGAUGGAGAUGCCUCCCCAGCUGGAGAACAUGAUGAAGCAUCUCGACACACUCAUGGCGUCGAAUUUUAGUGGGGUUAGUGCCAAGAGCGAAGACAAGACACAGAGCAUUACGGUAAAGGAAGCUUUGCCUCGUCUCGAGGCUGAGGAGGCGGACGCUAUUAUCAAUGACGACGAAGUGGUCAAAAGGGCAUUGGAGAAUGUGCAACACAACGGUAUUUUGUUUCUCGAUGAAAUCGACAAGCUUGCCGGUGCUGGCGACCAUGCUCGUGCAGGAGGAAAUGGCGGCAGUUAUCGCAAGGGCGAAGGUGUACAGAAGGAGCUGUUGGCUCUGACCGAAGGCUGCGCUGUCAAUACUCGCUAUGGACUCGUCCACACGGACCACAUCCUGUUCAUUGCAAGUGGUGCCUUCCACCGCUCCAAGCCGUCAGAUUUAAUGCCUGAGUUGCAAGGUCGUUUGCCUAUUCGUGUAGCUCUUUCGCCGUUAGGUGCUGUCGAGUUUGAAAAGAUCCUGAGGGACACGGAUCAUAACUUGCUGGAGCAAACGAGUGCCUUGAUGGAGACGGAGGGUGUGAAGCUCUCUUUUACAGAUGACGCCAUCAGUGAGAUAGCGACUAUUGCAGAGCAAGUAAAUGCGCAGACUGACAACAUCGGUGCUCGUCGCUUGACGACUAUCAUCAGCAAGAUUACAGAAGAAGUUUCCUUUCACGCUCCUUCGAUGAAUGGCGUGACUUUCGAAGUCGACAAGAAGUACGUCCAACAGCGUCUUUCUAACGUGCUCGAGCGCACGGAUCUUUCCAAGUUUAUUCUAUAG